GCGCCAUCUAUCUCGAACCUGUCUAGGGCAAGGUCCGAGGGCAACAACAGGUGAUGUAAGUAAGCCCAGCAGCGUGGCCCCUGUGAUAUUACGUCUUGUGGACUUGGUUCUGUGCCGAAUUGAUAUGGUUCUGGAAGGAGAGUAAUUCGGUAACAUACGAUAGGCGCAGGUGCUGAUACGCCGUGCACCGAGUGCGCGUCUAGCUUGUGGUAGUAGUGGUAUAUAGAAUGAUUCGGUAGAUGCCGGUCCCGUAUGUGAAUAGGGCGUAGGUACAAGUAAACACAAACAGUAAAAAAGACACAAUACGAUUUACUUGACCAGAAGAUUCGAUCAAUCCAUCAUGACGAUCCCGCAACGCCUCAGCAAUAGGCAUCUCGAUGCUGGUUCUGCUGUUCCUUGGGUUGUUCAGAAAUACGGCGGCACCAGCAUAGGCAAAUAUGCAUCCAAGAUUGCAAACGACAUCAUCCGGAUAUCACUACAGAGGAACCGAGUAGCAGUCGUGUGCUCAGCAUGCAGCGCGGCAUCCAAGGCCGAAGGGACCACCACACAGCUCCUCCAGCUGUACACCACAUUCAACGAGGCUCGCAUUGCAUGCCACGACCGGAGCAUCAUCCUUGGCGCGACAAACAAACGCCUGGGUGCACUAGUUGAAGACCACUUAGUUGCUGCAAGCCGCUUUAUUCGCAACCCUGCCAUUCGUCGGUCUCUAGCUGACCGUCUGCGCUUCGAGACGCAGAAAACACUAGCUUCUCUGGCGGAUGCCCUUGCUACCAACCACUACAGCGACGUACGAGUCAAGGACCAGAUCAUCAGCGUCGGAGAAAAGUUGGGAUGUCUGCUCAUGUGCGGCGUCCUGGAGGAUGCAGGGGUUGAUACCGAAUACGUCGAUUUGUCGAGUGCUGUGGCGCAGACGGCAAGCCAGGUCGACGACAAGUUCUUUGCAAAGCUUACAGCGGCGAUUGCUGCUCGCCUAGUCAAGUGCGGUGACCGCGUGCCUGUCAUCACAGGCUUCUUUGGGCAGACGCCGACGUCGUUGCUAGACGGCGAGGUUGGGCGCGGGUAUACAGAUUUGUGCGCGACCCUGUGUGCUAUAAGCCUUGGAGCAGACGAGCUGCAGAUUUGGAAAGAGGUGGACGGCAUUCUCACGGCGGAUCCGUUCAAGGUGCCUGGUGCGCAGCCUAUAGAGUGCAUGACACUGGGCGAUGUUGCUGCCCUCACACUGAAUGGUGCAGAAGUUGUUCAUGCUGCGGCCAUUCAACAGCUUAUCAAGUCGAGACUGCCAAUUCUGCUACGGAUCAAGAAUGUCACGGAUCCAGAUCACCUAGGAACUGUCAUUAUACCCGAUGUGGAAGGCGACGAUAGUGACAGUGACUAUCACCCUUCUGGCACAUGCACACCAUGCCGCGAUGAACAUGUUGGCGGGGGCUGCUGUGCGGCAAUCACUGUCAAAGACCAUAUUUGCGCGCUCAGCCUGCAAUGCGAUGGGCACGCCUCGCCUAUCCGUCUGCUUAACAGCGUACUCGGUGUGCUCGACAAGCACUCCAUCAACAUCUCAUCUAUUUCCACGAGUGCCGGUGAAGUCAACAUGGCGCUGUGCCUCAACGAGAGUCAGUUGGCAUCCUUUGGGCGCGCAAAGGAGCAGCUUUCAGUCCACGGCCAGCUCACGGUCCUCCAGGACUCCGCCAUCAUCACGCUAAUUGGCACCCGGGCCGGCAGCAUGUCCCAAGUUACAAGUCAGAUGCUGUCUAUUCUCAGCGAAGAGAAUAUCCAUUUCAAGAUGAUUUCACAGCAGCCGGGUCACCGCUGUAUCUCGUGCGUGAUUCAAUCCCUGGACAUUCCACGCGCAAUCAACACUCUACAUGCCCGAUUGUGUCUGCCGUCUGAUCCGGCUGGGCACUUAACGCGCCUCAGCUGAGAGGUGGUCCGCAGGCUUCGUUCACACGAAAUGGCCACCGAGCUUCUCUUUCAGGAAAGGCUUCGGCCGGGUUUAACACAUGGGAAUGUGACUAGCGGCGGAUCAGUGGCUCUUUGGACGGAGUUGGUGCUUGACGGUGGUGGCGCCAGUGGGUUUGCGCGCGCAUAGAUGUGAAAAAAAUUAAAUUAAUAAAAACGAAAAUAAAGUUCAAUGAAAAGAAUUGAUCAGUCUUUUCCAUUAUUCUACCUGCACGAACCAAUAAAUUCAAAGCUAAUCUAAGCCGA